CUCCAAGUGGAGUUCAGAACCAACCGGACCCUGCAGGACGUCCGGAACCACGUCGGCCCGUUCCUUCAGCAGGGAGGCCGGUACCGACCAACCAGCUGCAGGGCGAAACAAAAGCCUGACAUUCUUUGCGGUGCUUCUGCUUCACCUGAAAGCUAGAAAUGUCCCCGCCGCGGUACCGAGCAGCCUGGUAAUUACAAGAAAUAAUACUUCCGUAAACAUACUGGCAGCGGCAGUCCGACCGAAUACGACACCGACGCCAGGAAGGCCAGGAGGAGCUCUGGGUCCGUGUCCCGACGGCCCUCCGAACCUCCUGGGAUCUCUGUACGUGGAGUUCAGAACCAACCGGACCCUGCAGGACGUCCGGAACCUGGUCGGCCCGUUCCUUCAGCAGGGAGGCCGGUACCGACCAUCCAGCUGCGUCGCAAGACAAAAGGUUGGUGAAUAAAUGUAAGAAAUGAAGGAAUUCCUGGUCGGGUUGGAUCUUUGGACCGCAGUCCAUAAUAACUACUACGGAGAAAAACAGAUGAGUUCAUCAGCUUGGGAUCCGGAGUAUCUGCUGGAUAUUAAUUAAAUGCGACUGUUGGAGCUAUUUAUUCUUUAUUUCUUUAUCCAUUUGAAUUUUGUUAGUUUAUUCUUACAUUUCUAGUUUUUGUAUUAUUUACAGAGUUUAUUUGCAGGUUAAUAAUUGUUGAUUCUAUUUAUCUUUUGUUUUAUUAUUUGUUAUUUAUUCGUUUUCUAAAGACAGGAAGUGAGGUGGAUCAAUCCACUUUCUAUAAGUGUAGGGGCCUAGUAAAGACCAGCAGGCAUUUGGGUUUGGGGCCUUUGGUUUUUACCAGAGCAAGAGAGGCAGCAUGAAAACAAGACAAAGUUUGAACUCUGUAAUUGUUUAGCUGAAACAAAAUAAAUCAUCCAGAACAACAAGACAAGUUUGGACAGUGAACCUUCUUUUGCCUGCAUAUGGAAAACUUGACCCCAGUGCCUUAUAGUGGCUUCAUGGAACAGGAUGUUUGGUUUGGCCCACAAUGGCCACUACAGCAAGUAAAAACCUCCGCAUGGAUCAAGUAAGGAACCAACUCGUGGACUAAAAGGAAUAAUCCCUCAUCAAUGGACAUGUUGGGUGUAUGGAUCUCAAGGAUUACCGUCAAACAAAAGGUUUUGGAUCGUGUUGAAAUCAAGCAUCGGGCCUGGAUCGACACGUCACUCAUUCAUCAAACUGGUACGUGGCAAUAUUGUUCAAGCCGUAAAGGAAAACGAUGAAACUACUGGAGUUUAAAGACAUUAUUUCACUGCAAAGACUGAUGAGAUGAUUUGAUGUGACAACUUGAAGCUUAAUUGGAUAAAGACGUGUGCCGACGCCCAUCAUGGAAAUGUUUGUUCACACGAAUCAACCUCUUAAACAAAGAGACACGUUUGUGAUUUGUCCUGUGGAUUCCUUGUGGAUUAUGCUGCUUUUAAAUGUUUGAAAUAAUUCAAAGAAUCGCUAAAAAUGUCUGAUGUAAAGAGCAAAGAGGAUGACACUCAGAUGUCGCAAGAGAAACGAAACAUCAAAUUCACGCCAAAGGGUUUGGAGUUUUACAUAAAAACAUGUCAAGAAAAACGAAGUUUAAAGUGUAAACAAGCUUCAAAAUUAGUGGAGAAAAUUUCCGCAUUAAUGACGUCACAAGAAAAUGUUAAGAAAGUGUCUUCUGACUUUGUCAAGUUUAUUAAAUGCUAUCAAGAUGCAACCGAUUUACAUGAAUCCGUUUUAAGCUUGCCAUUACCAGAAGAAGAAGUGAAAAGGCAAUCUGUGUAUUUUCAGUCCAAGGUGACGACAUUCUCUGAUUUUAUGGACAAUAUAAAGGUUUGGUUGCAUGAAGCAGGAGAUUCAUAUACUGAACAGAAAAAUAAUGUUGAUGAUGAUCAGGUUGCAGAUCUGGAUGAAAUAAAUCCUGAAGACAGUGUCUCUAAUAUUUCAAGUGUAAAGCCACGUUCAAAAACAUCUUCACAGCAGUCUUGGACUUCAUCUACCUCUUCUGCUCGCAUUAAAGCUGCGGCUGAAAAGGCAGCGUUCAUGGAGAGAUUGGCCGCGUUGGACAAAAGACAUCUGAUCCAAGCUCAAGAGGAAAAACUGAGAAAAGAAAAGGAAAAAUUAGACUUGGAAACAGAGUUGGCAGCAACUAAUGCAAAACUUAAUGUUUUGAACAUAAACUCAGUUGCUGGUUCUCAACGAUCCGAUGGAAUGAACUCUUAUUUUGAAAGAGCCCAAGUAAAGGACACACCUCUGCUAAAUCCUGGCGCUGAUGAGUUUGUUCCGAAAGAAAGAACAAAUUUUUCAUCUGACUCUCCUGUCGUCAGACCUAAACAGAGGCAGAAACAACUUCAAAUGGAUCAGAUGUGCACAACAACAGAAAUUUACAACUGAAAUGCCUUUCUGAGUAUUUACCUUUGAUGCAGGAAAGACAAAAAUGGACAAGAACUAAAAGAUGUCUCACUCCUUAGACUUAGACUUAGACUGACUUUAUUGUCAUUUUGCAUGCACAGGGUGAAUACAGAGCGAGAUUUCGUUGCAUACGGCUCAGGACAAUGUUUUGAG